AUGAAUGUUAAUGGCUCCUCCUUAGGCAACCCAGGCCCAUUUGGGGGUGGUGGUGUUGCUAAAGAUCACUUGGGAGAUCUCAUCUUUGCCUUCCACUCUGGAUAUGGGAUAAGCUCUAAUGGUCAGGCUGAGACCAAGGUUUUUUGGGAGGCCCUUUCCCACUGCAAGGCUAAGGGCCUCAAUAAGGUGGAACUAGUCAGCGACUCCAAAUCCGUGGUGGAAGCUCUCUCCAAGGUAUCCUCCCCAUCAUGGGUCAUGUGGUAUUGGUGGACCAGAAUCAAAUCCCUCAAGGAUAAUAUGGAGAUAUGCUUCUCCUAUUCUCCCAGGGAAUCCAAUGCCAUGACAGACGAUCUCACCCAAAUGGGCAGUGGUAGCCAAGCCCAUUCUUCCUUCCAAUCCAUAGCUGAGCUCCCUCCCCUCAUUAAAGGCUUACUCUUUCUUGACAAAGUUGGUUUAUGA